CGUCUCUCUUUCCCAUUUUUUUUUGGUGCUCAACCGUCAAAUCCUCCACCGGCCAUCGCCCCCAUUUGACAGCUGGAGAAGCAAUAUGGGAAAUUGCAGUAGCUGUUGCCAGAAUUGCUGGGCAAAACGAAGUCGAACAGGACUCUAUGAGCCGCUACUACAGGAGAAUGAGCGACAUGCUAUAGCUGAACUCUUACAAUACUUGGAAAAUCGAUCAGAAACUAAUUUCUUUGACGGGGAUCCUCUACGCGCUUUGUCGACGUUGGCGUACUCAGAUAAUGUGGAUCUUCAGAGAUCAGCUGCACUUGCCUUUGCAGAGAUAACUGAAAAAGAUGUUCGUAAAGUCGGUCGCGAUACGCUGGAACCCAUCAUGUUUUUAUUGCAGUCUCAUGACGUUGAAGUUCAAAGAGCCGCCAGCGCCGCUCUAGGUAAUUUGGCUGUCAAUGCGGAGAAUAAGCUUCUCAUUGUCAAACUGGGAGGUUUGGAUCCACUUAUUCGCCAAAUGGGUAGUCCAAACGUCGAAGUUCAAUGUAAUGCGGUUGGGUGCAUCACAAACCUUGCGACACAUGAUGAGAACAAGGCAAAGAUUGCAAAGUCAGACGCUCUCCGACUACUGGUUGAUCUAGCACGUUCAAAAGACAAAAGAGUUCAAAGAAAUGCUACUGGCGCCCUCUUGAACAUGACCCAUUCACAGGAAAAUCGUCAGCAGCUUGUCAAUGCCAAUGCUAUCCCCGUCCUCACCAGUUUACUCAAUUCCGACGACCAGGAUGUACAAUACUACUGCACCACUGCAUUAAGCAACAUUGCUGUUGAUGCUGCAAAUAGAAAAAAAUUAGCCCAGUCCGACUCAAGGUUGGUGCAAUCGUUGAUAUCUUUGAUGGACGCGAGGAGUCUCAAAGUUCAAUGUCAAGCCGCUUUGGCGCUGCGGAAUCUGGCAUCCGAUGAAAAAUACCAGCUCGAAAUCGUUCGGUUGAAAGGACUACCGCCUUUGUUACGAUUGUUAAAAACUCGAUCUUUGGCUCUCAUCCUAUCAUCCGUGGCGUGCAUCAGAAAUAUCUCCAUUCACACAGCCAAUGAGUCGCCUAUUAUAGAUGCUGGGUUUGUGGACCCGUUGAUUGGACUGCUAUCAUAUGACGACAAUGAAGAAGUUCAGUGCCAUGCCAUAUCUACUCUUCGCAACCUUGCUGCCAGCUCAGAGCGCAACAAACGGGCUAUUGUGGAUGCCGGUGCUGUAGAGCGUAUUAAGGAAUUGGUGAACACCGUUCCUGUUAGCGUUCAGAGUGAAAUGACAGCUGCUAUUGCUGUGCUUGCGCUUUCUGACGAACUCAAGCCUAGAUUAUUGAACAUGGGCAUUCUCUCGGUGCUUGUAUCCUUAACCAACAGUUCCAAUCUCGAAGUUCAAGGCAAUUCGGCGGCUGCUAUUGGUAACCUAAGCUCUAAAGUCAAAGACUACGCGCCUUUUAUCAAGGUUUGGGAAUCACCUAAUGGUGGGCUCCACGCCUACCUUGUUUCUUUCUUAGAUGAAGGUCAGGAUACCGCAUUUCAACACAUCGGCGUAUGGACAUUGGUUCAAUUUUUGGAAGGUGGAGAUAAAGAAUUGAUCAAAAAAUUAAGCAAAGCGCAAGAUCUUGUUCAGUCUAUUUCAAGAAUUGCAAGCAUGGGAGCUGAGGAAGACAGCACUUUAUUGAACGGUGGCGAUGAAGAUAAUUUGGACGACGCCGAUGCUGACGUUCACGAACUAGCCAAGCGAGUGAUCAACGUCAUUGGAUCAGACGCAUCCAAGGGGUCUAAAAAGUCUGCUGGCAAGAAACAACGAUAACGCAAUCUCUACUAAUUAUUUUCCCCCAAGGGCAGUAGCUAUACCUGUUUCUCUGCCAUCUAUGACCUGAAUGGCCUCACGUACGAUAUACCCGGGCGUUGGGCUCAAACUUUUUUUUUUUUUUUUU